AUGUCACCCCACACUUGGUCCACUUUCAGCACGGAGCGUUUCCUCUUUAAUUCCCUGGGUCUCCGACACAGAACCCGAGUCGCUUCGCCUACUUUCACCUGCCUGCACCGCCGGCUACCGACUCCUCUCCUCUCAGCCCACUCUGCUUCCGAAGUCAGGCCACGAGCCUGCCCAGUCUUUGCAAUAAGGGGCACCAGACGAUGUCUGGGCAAUCAAGAACUGGCUGGAGGUCAAUUCCCAGGGUCACCAGGGGCAACAACCCAAGUGAGAAGCCUCGAAGCAACAGUCGAAGAGAACGCAAGCAAGCCUCAGCUCCCCCGGCUCGGCUCCCAGGCCAGCAGCAAAUGGCAGGCGAACUGGUGCCCCGCACCGCGGCCACAGCCUGAGCCGGGCAGCACUUUCAGCACCGUGGACCGCGGCGUGCGCUCGGCGUCCGCAGCCCAGUUUGGACGCGGGGCUCCGGGGGUGGCCCCGCCGCGCGCUGAGCCAGGGGUGGGUGCGGGGCGGGGGCCUAGAGGGUUCGGUUCUGGUUGGCGCUGCCUCCUCCCUCCACGUCUCCCACUUACCUCCUCGGCCAAGGUCACGGCCCCGCUGCGUCUCCUUUCCCGGCUGGGUGCAGGCGGUGUCAGCUGGCUGCGAGCGGAACAGCGAGGCUGGGCAGCUUCAUCACACUCCGUGGAUGCGGAAUCCGCCCGCCCAGCUCCCGCGGCUCAGAUCACAGCCACCCUCGCCGCCGUCGUGCACAGGCGAUCCCGGCAGCCUGCCACUCGCGCCCGCUCCCCGGGGCCGCCUCGCCGGCUCGCUCUCUCCUCCGCUUUUCCUGCUGGGCACUGGGACCAGCCGAGUGCGCGCGGGAUGCCAGACGCCCGGCCCGUGCGCGCGAUCGGGAGGGAGGAGGGGACAGUCACGUGGGACCAGGGCGUCCAAAGGUGCGGACUGGGAAGGGCUCGACUUGGCGCGGUCACACUGCCCUGGCCGCUCGGGUCUCCCCACCCCUGCCGCCCCUGGGGAGCAGCAGCCCUGCCCUUGUCGCAGCCAGCGGGCGCUCUCGCACACCCCGCCCCGGUGUACCCGCCGCUGAAGGCCUGGAGAGCUGAUCCUAAAGCUGACUGGCCCCUCAGAGGGGAUGGGCUCCAGCUUCCCUCCCCGCCCCGAGCAGAGCUCCCAGCAGCCGAAGACCACCAGAAUCUAGCCACAGCCAUGCUCAAGGCCCCUCUCCACACGUUCGGACAGGCCUCACACAUGAAGGUACCAGCUACCAGCGGAGGAACCCAGUUUGAGGCCACAUCCAGCAAUGCUCAGGACUUACUCCUGACCUGGCACUUCAAGAUGCUUUCCUGAAGAGAUUUGGGGUAUUAAACCUACACUGGCCAUUUACAAAGCAAGCAGCCUGUCUUCUACACUAUUACACCAGCACCUAAAUAAGUUCCUUGAAUCAACUGAAUUCCUUUCCAGCAUUUUCUUGUCAUUGCAUAUAGUCUCAAUUUGACGUGUUCCUCAUUCAGCCUUGAGAAUUUUGAUGAACUCAAGAAAUUGCCCAGAAUUCUGUCCUGUCUUUAACUAUAGCUGAAUUACUUUGUUUUCCCCAUUUUUCUUAGAUACUAGAUUUUUAUGGUAAAGUUUUAGACUGCUUAUUAUCUGAGUUGCUAUUUAAACUAAAGGUGUACUAAAUUAGCCUCUGCUGGCAUGAAUCCCUGUCACUGUGCAGCAGGGACACAGGUGCAGGAGUGCCCCGGCAGUUGGCAAUGUGGCUACUGUGACUGGAGAAGGUCUCCCUAACUUAGUAUUUUUAAUAAAAUUAAUUAUUUUUACUAUGAUAUCUUGAUGCAUUAAAAAUGCCAGGGUCUGGAGUGAUAGUACAGUGGGUAGGUCAUUUGCCUUGCCUGCAGCCGACCAAGGUUGGGUCCUCAGCAUCUCAUAUGGUGUCCUAAGCACCAUUAGAAGUAAUUCUUGAAUAUAAAGCCAGAAGUAAUACCUGAGCACUAGUAGGUGUGGCCCCCAAACAAAUAAACAAAAAAGUAACUUCCAUGCAAAUGUUUAUUCCUGACAUUGCAUUGUUAUUUAUUGAAGAUGUGCAUUGUUUAAAAAUGCAGUAAAUAUACUACUUCACAAAAUGCAUCAAGAAUAUGUUCUUCCAGUAUACAAAUAGAUAAGUCUGCAAUAAACUAAUUAUCAAGCUUUAGUCAUACAGCAGUAAUUAUUGAUGAAAUGUUUGGAUUAAAAAUAAAGGAAAUCAAUGGAGUUACUCACUAUCGAAUCUUUCCCAGAGAGUAAAAAAUUAAGCUCAGCACUACCAAAGUUUGAGAGACAUCAGAUUCUUCCCAGAGCAUUUUUUCCCCUAGAAUAUCUCACUUAUUUUUAUCAUAGCAAGGGAAAUGUGCCAGUGCUAUAGUAGACUUUUACUAUGAUUAAAUAGUUUCUUUAAAGUGUUUUAUAUAUUAUCUGAUGCUUUCAAGGACCUGAUAUAAGUUUCAGUAAAUUUAUAUUCUGACUAAAGUCAAACAUUUGAUACCCAAAAUAUCCACUGUUUAAUGAAAAAUAUAGUAAGAUCCAUGGCUUGGAUUGAUUAGCUCAUCAAUCCAAGUCAUAGAUUUCACCACUACAGGUUUACUUUUCUAAUAUUUAAGAAAAUCAGUUGUAUUGGUCUCAUAUAGGAAUCUAGAAAAGUUAAGACACUGAAGUAAUUGGAGGCACACAAUAAUGACGCUCAUUAAUGAACGAUAGGAAUUUCCCCUAAUAACUCACUACAGAUAAAGCCAAAGAUCUGUAUUUUCUGACCCUAUAAAUCUUUUCUUUCUGGGAGUAUUUUUCAAAUUUUACUAAAAAAUCAUUGAAGUAUUUAAGUACAUAUGUUCAAAGUUUGCAAUAUGAUUUUAAAUACACUUAUAUAGUUAUCAAGAUCAUUAACAUAUAUUUUGCCUGAAAAAUGAGAGCAUUCAUAUACAAACUGCUAUCUCUCCUUUUGUUUUAUUUAUUUAUUUAUUUAAUUGGAUACCAUGAGAUAUAGUUACAAAGCUUUUAUGAUUGGGUUUCAGUCACACAAUGAUCAAACAUCCAUCACUACAUCACUGUAGCUUUCCCACCACAAAUGUCCCUGGUAUUCCUCCCACCAGCCCACACCACCCCACCCCUGCCUCUAUGACAGACAGUCUCCUUCUUACAGAGUAGAGUUCUUUUGUUUUUUUAAUUUUUUUUUAUUGAAUCACCAUGUUGAAAGUUACAAAGCUUUCAGGCUUAAGUCUCAGUUACAUAAUGCUUGAACACCCAUCCCUUCACCAGUGCAAAUAUUCCACCACAAGAACCACAGUAAACCUCGCCCCAACCCCACCCCCCGCCUCCUGGCCCCCAACCCCACCUGUAUAGUUGGUAAAUUUCACUUUACUUUCUCUUUACUUUGAUUACAUACAAACAAAAAUACUCACUAUUAUUGUUUGGAGUUUCUCACCCCAGAGUCGGACCUGCUGGAAAAGAAGCAUUUGAUAAUUUGCUUUCCAUUGCUAAGAAUAAGGAGAUAUGAGGUCAUGUGGCCACAGUAGCAGCUGUGAGGUUCUAGAUUUCUGUAUUUUAGUAUUUUAGUGACUAAGUCCAUAGGGCUUUCUACCAGAGGUUGCAUCAUUGCUAGCUCGUAUCUCUCUGCUACUUUAUAUUCCACAUAUGAGUGCAAUCUUUCUGUGUCUGUCUCUUUCUUUGACUCAUUUCACUCAACAUGAUACUUUCCAUGUUGAUCCACUUAUAUGCAAAUUUCAUGACUUCAUGCUUUCUAACUAAGGAAGUAAAGGAUCUCUACAAGGAAAACAACAAAACACUACUCAAUGAAAUAAAAGAGAACACGAGGAAAUGGAAACAUAUUCCCUGCUCAUGGAUAGGAAGACUUAACAUUGUCAAAAUGGCAAUACUCCCCAAAGCACUAUACAGAUUCAAUGCAAUCCCUAUAAGGAUACCCAUGAAAUUCUUCAAAGAAAUUGAUCAAACACUCCUGAAAUUCAUAUGGAACAAUAAACGCCCACAAAUAGCUAAAGCAAUUCUUGGGAAAAAGAUGAUGGGAAGCAUCACCCUCCCCAACUUCAAACUUUACUACAAAGCAGUAACAAUAAAAAUAGCAUGGUACUGGAACAAAGGCAGAGCCGCUGAUCAAUGGAACAGGGUGGAAUAUCCCUACAUGCAACCCAAAAUAUAUGAUCAUCUGAUCCUUGAUAAGUGGGCAAGAAAUGUGAAAUGGAACAAGGAAAGCCUCUUCAACAAAUGGUGCUGGCAUAACUGGACAGCCACAUGCAAAAAAAUGGGCUUAGACAUCGACCUAACACCAUGCUAUCUCUACUUUUGUAGACACGAAAAUACUAUUGACCUUCAGAAACUUUUAAGUGAACAAUUCACACUAGAACUAUAGUCAUCAUGCUGUAUAUUAGAUCACUGUAUCACUGUAUCACUGUCAUCCCAUUGUUCAUCGAUUUACUCGAGCAGGCACCAGUAGCGUCUCCAUUUGUCCCAGCCCUGAGAUUUUAGCAGCCUCUCCUUACUCGAUUUUCUCAAUGAUUAGAGGCCCUUUUCAGGGUCAGGGGAAUGAGACUGUUAUUGUUACUGUAUCUGGCAUAUCAUAAUACACCAUGGGAGCUUGUCAGGCUUUUCUGUGCUGGUGGGAUACUCUCGGUAGCUUGCUGGGCUCUCUGAGAGGCAUACAUAUAUAUUUCUUUUUAUGAUAAUUGGUAUAUUAGAUACUUAUUAUUUAUUCUUUUUCAGAUUUUGAUUGUUUUUGGGGGGGUCUAAUGCUGUUCUCGGGGCUUUCUUUUGGCUCUAUCUCAAGGGUUAAUCCUAAAGGGAGGGGUGCUUUGGAGAUUCCAUGCUGCGUCUGGGAUAGAGCCCAGGUUAGCUACAUACGUAGUAAACACCUUACCUGCUCUAGCUCUAUUUCUUCUCUACAAAUGAAGAUCUUAUCUUUUAAAUAACAGAUUCACUGUAUCACUGUCAUCCAUUGCUCAUCGAUUUGCUCGAGAGGGCACCAGUAACGUCUUCAUUGUGAAAUUUGUUGUUACUGUUUUUGGCAUACCAAAUACACCACAGGUAGCUUACCAGGCUCUGCCAUGCAAGUAAAAUACUCUUGGUAGCUUGCCGGGCUCUCUGAGAGGGGCAGAGGAUUCGAACCUGGGUCAGCUGUAUACAAGGCAAACGCCCUACCUAUGGUAUAGCUACAGCCCGAUAUAUAGAAAAAAUAUAAUAAAUUCUCAAAAAAUUCAAAAUUAAUCUCUGAUAUCACCUAAGAUUCUGUUAUGGAGCUAUAUAUAUGAAAACAAUUUUAAAUCACCAUCUUAAAAAUAAAUCUGCACGCCAUAUUACAGCAUUAUUUAAAAUAGCCAAGAUAAGAAAAGAACUUAAAUGUCUUUCCAAGGAUAGAUGCACUGCAAAAGAAAGUAAUUUAAUAUAGAAAUUGAAAAUAAAAUAUAUCUGCUGAAAUAUAUGUUCAUAAUAUAUUUGUUGGUUAUGUAAACACUACUGAGAACAUUUCCUAUAUUUUUUAUUUUGAUAUUGAAAACUUGGGCAAUCAUAUUGAUUAUAUUCCAGCAAGACACAAAGUUUUAUUUCCUUGUUACCUGUUACUGUAAUUGAGUUCAUUGAAAGUAAAUGUGAUUGGGGGGGAGAGAACUUUGCAUGUGCGUGGCCCCCCCAGGUGGCAAGCCAUACCUGACUGUUGAUACAAUCCAUGAGACUGUGACUUUCAGAAUUCCCAGAAACACAAUUAGCCUCUUCUUCAGAACCCACUAGAGCAGCUCAACCACCCAACCAUAUUAAGUCCAGUAGUCCCUACUCCAAUCCAAAUUCCUUCCAAAAUACAAAAGAAACUUUGAGCAGAAGAAUCUAAACUACAAAGGUCACAAAGGUAAAAAAAAAGACUAAGGAUUCCAUACUAUAUAGCUAUUAGAAAAAAUAAGUCAUGAAAUUCUCUUAUAAAUGGAUGGACAUGGAGAAUAUCAUGCUGAAUGAAAUGAUUCAGAAUGCGAAGGACAGAUAUAUAAUGAUCACACUUAUUUGUUGAAUAUAAAAAAUAUAUCUUAUGAGACUACUACCUAAAGACAGUAGAAACAAGGGCAAGGAGGAUUAGUCCAUGUUUGGAAGCCUGCUUCAAGUGCUGGGGGAGAAAGCAAUUGACAUAGAGAAGGGACCAUUAUGACAAAGAUAGCUGGAAAUGAUUACUCUAGAUAAGAACUGCAUGCUGAGAGUGAUAAAGGAACAAGUAUGAUAACCUCUCAGUAUCUGUGUUGCAAACUAUAAUGUUCAAAAGGAUAGAGAGAGAGAGAGAGAGAGAGAGAGAGAGAGAGAGAAGGAA